AUGGAUACGUUUGGCAAAGAGAGUGCGAUCGCUAAAGAUGAUCGAGCAAGCGCGUCUGAGUUUUGGCCAGAGGCCUACGAAGGACGAGCGCCAUGUAUACCCACCAUCCGGACUGCUUGGGCAGAGGAAGUUGAGGCUCUAGGCCAUAUUUUUGCCGACGCUAAAGCCCGCCUGAACGCGUUUUCUCCGAUUUACAUGGUCCCGGACGAGAUUCUUGCAUACAUCUUCGAGUUAUUGGUUCCCCUUCACCCUAUCCGGUUGAGCGACUAUGACCUGGGCUGGGUCUCCGUUACACACGUUACGCGGCGCUUUCGCGCGGUGGCCAUUGAUCAUGCCACUCUUUGGACUACGCUAUCUCUCGAUCGCGAUACCCCAUGGGCCGUCUUCCUUACCAGGGCGCGCGACGCAUUGUUCACCAUCAGAGGCAGUGUCGGCUGGGAAUCGAAUCCGGGAGAUGGGACUGUCAGGCGACUCGCUUUGGGCGCGUCCAUCUUCAGACGAGCACGGACACUUGAUAUCGAUCGCAUCGGCUCGCAUGCCUAUUCAUGGCUGCAGACGCUCUUCAGCGAAAACGCGCCUGAACUGCGUACCCUGAGUCUUCAAGUGUACGAAUACUACUUGGUUAUUGCAGAACAUGCCGAAGAUGCCGAGCCCGAAUGGCCCGUACUAGACACUCAAUUCCUUGCGCAACGAGCGCCGAUGUUGACGAGCCUCGCCAUGGUCGGCAUGCGGAUGCCUUGGUGCAUCCCAUCUACCAUUUCUCUCCGGUCGUUGAUCUUGGAUAUCUUUGAUGACGCGCAGCGGUCUGAUUAUACAUUUGUGGACAUGUUGCACUGUCUGGAUAAUAUGCCAAUGCUGGAGGAACUCGUGCUAUGGCGAGCCAUACCGAUCGCCGAUAGCGCCAGUGUCAACGCUCCCGGGCCAGCGGAGAAGCGCAUCACGCUGUCCAGACUCGGGCUUCUCUUUGUGGCGGAUGCGCUAUCUCGAUGUCUGAUUUUCUGGUCGUCUCUCAAUAUCCCCCCUGCUUGCUCUAUCCGCAUCGACGGCGAGGAGUUGGACGCUUACGAAGAAUGUCUUCUUCCCUCCCUUAUAAAGGAUCACUUCUCCAAGCCUCGCAUUCCUGCAUAUGACUACGUCCAAAUAGGAGACACGGGCGGAGAUGAGCCAUUGGAUGAUAUGAUACGGGUCUAUUUGCGUGUCGGCAUCCCUCCUGCAUAUCCCUCCAGCGGGUGCCGAGUUCUCAAUCGGCGCAACCGCGAGAGCUUUAGCAUCGAUUCAGGACCUGCGUUGACGUUUCGACUCCCCUCCGAACAGCUUGACUCGAUUAUUGGAUUGAUCCCGCGAGAGCCAGUCAAGGCUCUUUCACUCGCAGAAUGGCUCCCCUCGCCAGGAUUCGAUGAUAGCGUUGCAUGGGUUGUCGAGACAGCGUGCGUUUACUUCAAUUCAAUCGAAACCCUGCAAAUCUGCGGCUUGUCACCGCUAUUGAGACCCUUCAGAACUCAUCAACUAGCGCGACUAUUCAACACCGCAUCUUUCGAUCAGCUAUCCCCUCGAAUGACCGCCAAUCCAAGCGAGUUCCAAGAUACGCGACGAUGUAUGCCUUCGCUGCGAACGCUCUCGCUGGAUAACGUCCGUCUUUUGCGUUGGUUCGAAGACGAGGAGACCGAGUUGAACGUCAUUCUGAAUGAGGUUCUUGAGGCACGCAUCACCGCUGGGAUGCCUGUUCACACCCUAAGGAUAUCUAACACCCGAAUCAGUAAGGCGUGGUUGGAAACCUGGGCAAAUCUUGUGCAGGAGGUCCAUCUAGUCCACCCAACAGUUGCCAUCAACGAUGAUGAUGAUGACGGAGGGGAGAGGAUCGACUCGGAUACGGGAGGAGAGGACGACGUGAACGCAGAAGACGAAGUUCUGCAGGUGGAUUUCACAGAUGACGAGGUUGAGGUUGAGGUUGAGGCUGAGAGUCUAGAUGAUGGCAACGAUACGGACAACAGCUGA